GGCGGGCACGGCUGCAGCAGGGCCCAAGGAGGCCGAAGAUUUGCCUGUAGACCAGGGGCUGCCGCUACGUAGUGGUGGGCAUAGAUGCCAUGGCGCUGCGGGAGCUGAAGGUCUGCCUACUGGGGGAUACAGGAGUUGGCAAAUCAAGCAUUGUUUGGCGGUUUGUAGAAGACAGCUUUGACCCUAACAUUAAUCCCACUAUCGGAGCAUCCUUCAUGACCAAGACUGUGCAGUACCAGAAUGAACUGCAUAAGUUUCUUAUAUGGGACACUGCUGGGCAGGAGCGGUUUCGAGCCUUAGCGCCAAUGUACUACAGGGGAUCAGCCGCAGCCAUCAUAGUGUAUGACAUCACAAAAGAGGAGACUUUCUCAACAUUAAAAAACUGGGUGAAAGAACUGCGUCAGCACGGACCCCCUAACAUAGUGGUGGCAAUAACUGGAAACAAGUGUGACCUGAAUGAUGCCAGAGAAGUGCUGGAAAAAGAUGCCAAGGAUUACGCUGACUCCAUUAAUGCUGUGUUUGUGGAGACAAGUGCCAAGAAUGCCAUCAACAUCAAUGAGCUCUUCUUAGAAAUUAGUAGACGGAUACCCUCCAGUAAUGCCAAUGCUGGUGCCGGGAAGGGAUUCAAGCUUCGAAGACAAUCAUCAGAGGCUGAUCACAGGUGCUGUUGACCAGACGCAUAUGGAGCGGUAGACACUAUAUGGCACCCAAGCCUCCACCGAACUGAUCACCACUAUGCACACAGUGUGUACGCUUCCUCCGCUACAAGCUUUGCACAGACUCUAUCUACUUUAAAGGGAAAAUGUUGUGUGUACACCGUCCAUAUUAUUUUUUUGCUAGGUGCAUUAACAGAAUCUAUGUUCUCACCCUCUUCCCCUACUUUGCAGUAUAACGCAUAGUUUUCACGUAUGUCCUCUAGGAGGACAUUGAUCGCCAACAGAAUAGGAGGCAAUUGCCGUCCGGUAGUUGAUCUGAAUCUCAUAAGCCAAUUUUUUCUGAAAAUCAUCAUUGAUUUUCCUUGUAACUGUUUUUUACAGAGGGACCUUGUAGACCCUUUAAGUUCCCCGUAUCCUCUGUACCCUUAUUGUUACACCCCUGAUAAUGAAACUUUUGUAGCUUUCAAGAUCACUCGUUGCUGUAGGUGAAUGGAAACAUUCCCUGAGGCAAAAUCUGCAUGUCCUAAAUCCAGAUUCUGCCAUGGAUUUUUCCUUUUGCUUUGCAAGAGCUACAAAGCUGCAAUAUAUAGGGCAUGCUCUGGAUUUGGAAGUCUGCAGCAUGCCCUAAAAUCCAUGCAGGCAUCUCCCACUGCAUGUGAAUAUGGUUCUGUGAACCCUUUUCACUUGCAAUGUAGGAUACAACUAAGGCUACUUUCACACUAGCGUUUUUAAUUCCGCUUUUGAGAUCCGUCAUACAUAGGAUCUUAAUAGCGGAAGAAAACGCUUCAGUUUUGUCCCCAUUCAU